AUGCCUUCCCGCAGCGACUCCAGCUACUCUCUGACGGGCCGAACGUCCCACAGCUUCACCCACUUGCGUGUCCGACGGGCUUGGCUGCAAAUUAUCCUCCUCUUGGGCUUCAUCCAGAUGAUCCUGGGGGUCCUCAUCGUGACGCUGAGUUUGCUGGUCACCACUUCCAUCCCAUCUCAACACCCCAUUGGGAACUCCUGUCCCAUCUGGGCCGGUUUUCCGCUGGCCUUCUCCGGGGUGGUCGGUAUUGUUUCAUGGAGACGCCCUUUCACCCCCGUGAUCACCUUCUUCACCCUGCUCUCCGUCUUGGGCGUCAUGCUCACCCUGGCCGGCUCCAUCCUUUCCUGCCAGCACGCCCAGCAGGUGAAGUCCUUGGAGGCCUGCGAGCGGGUCCGGCAGCGAGACGGGUCUUCGAUCCCGAAGGAGCUGGGAUGGCGACGGAGCCUGAAGGCCCAGAAAUGCAUCUACUCGCCUUCCGAAUCAGGGAUCCCCGCCUGCGGCAAUAAAGCGGACACGGAUUCGAAUUGUUCUCGGAUUCUCCUAGUCCUCAAGGACCUGCUUUUCAGCAUCUGCGGCUUAACCAUUUUCUCCAUCGUCGUGUGCACCCUCUCGGCGAUCGUGUGUUGCAUCCAGAUUUUUUCGGUCGACAUCCUCCACGCGCUUUCUCCACCUCGGUCAAGCUCCGUGACGCUGGACUGCACGUCACCCCCGGACACGCUCUUGCAACACAUGUUGGAUCUGGACGAGUUUGUACCACCGGUUCCGCCCCCCCCUUAUUACCCCCCAGAAUAUACCUGCAGUUCAGAGACAGAUGCCCAAAGUAUUACUUACAAUGGUUCCAUGGAUAGCCCCGUGCCCCUGUAUCCCACUGACUUCCCUCCAAGUUAUGAGGCUGUUAUGGGGCUCCGUGGGGACAGCCAGGUAACACUGUUUGACUCUCAGUUUACGGACACAUCGCAUGGGCCAUGCUCCUGUAACCAGGUCCCUUCUGUUGUGCUUAGUGGUGAAGCGGUCUCCGUGGAUAGCAACUCCCUGGUCAUGUCGGAAAUCGUGGACAUCCCUGGGGAUAGCAGCCCGUCUGAGGACUCGUGCCUGUUGGAAGCCAGUGGGUCGGCGUGCUCGGUGGACUACGUCCUCUUCCGCUCCAUCCAGCGCAGCCGAGCUGAUUACUGCUUAAGCAUGGAUUGCGGGCAGUGUGGACUUCACCCCCAGGGCCCGUUCGAGGAUGUCCCCCAGGCGCGUCUGCGCGGGGAGCGCUCCUUCUCCUGCUCUACGCCGGGCACCGUGUACGAGGGCCUGCUAGAGGCCAGUAGCGCUCACACCCACAGCUGCCACCGCCUGGAAGGCCUCGGCCACAGUGUGGGGCCUUGUUUCCCCGAAGUGCGAGUGAAAGCCAAGACUUCCAUGGCAGGACGCAAAGUGUCCCGACAGCAGCGCCGGAGCAGCGAAGCCUCCUGCCAGUCAGCUGUGGUCCAUGGUCCCCUGCUGCGGUCCCACAGCGAUCCUGGAAUUGCCAUGCCCAGGGAUGUUGAAAGCGAUUACCAAGAAGUAUUCUGCACUAAAGUGUCUGGGGAUGAUGGAUCUAAUUCCUCAGCUGAUACAGGGCCGUGUUCGGAGGCCUGCCUCUUGCACCCAUCGCUCUGUGACCCGCCCUUGCAGGCUCACUUGGCCGGAAAGGCCAAGCCAGAGCCCCCACAGAAGGUGCCCCAUCACCUAUCAAAGACUAUCACGCGCUCCCUGGGGGACCUGAAGGUGUGCCGUGGGACUCGCGGACUGAUGGCCCGAUUCCUGCACAGAUCCAAACGCAACUUGACCCUGCUGGGAGCAGACAUGGCUUCUCGCGGGAAUAAGCAGGUGUUACGGCUGGGGAGUCCUGCCGAGGGUAUCCACCUGCAGAGCUGCGGAGAUCUGAACUCAACCUCCCCGUUGCGGCGACUGCUGUCAGGUCGCCGGCUGGAGCAACGACGUCCCUGUAGCCUUAGCGGACUUCUCAGGGAAAGCAAUCUCUGA